AACCUCUCGGCCAACUAACCAACCGGUCAUCACUCUCUUGUCUGAUUGUCUGAAUAUCUAAAUCCCAAAGUGAAAGUCGGAGCACAAACGCCAAUAACACACUCUCGAUUUCUUCGACCUUCUUUCUCUCGCUUCUACUGUCAUGGAUCCCCCGCUCAUCGACCUAGACGACGACGUCUUGUGUACUACUAAUUCUUCUUCCCCUCUCAACCCGUCUCCGCCGCCGCCGCCAACAUACGUCGACCGGUAUUUCCACUCAUCCUCCUCGGACAACGAGGAAGACGACGAAACCCUAUACGACUCCGUGUCUUCCAAGUCCAUUGAAUCCACCUCCAAGCGCCUUGACUACAUGCUCCAAUUCCUCGACCGCAAGCUCUCCAACGACGCCUCCAGCCCCCAAAACGAGCGCUCUUCUCUCCCCGAAUUCGUCGCCAAGGGCGGUGGUACUGGGAUCUUCAAGCUCCCCGUCCGCUCCGCCGUCCACCCGGGUCGUCCGCCCUGCCUGGAGCUCCGUCCCCACCCUCUUAGAGAAUCCCAGAUUGCCUGCUUCUUGAGAACCAUUACGGCCACGGACUCCCAGUUGUGGGCCGCGAGCGAGAACGGGGUUAGGGUCUGGGACUUCAAGGACUUGUACGAGCCCGGAAUUGGAGACCUCAAGACUGGGGAUGAGUAUACAGCGCCGUUUCGGGAGUCGGCGUCGACUUCGCCUGCCAUGUGUUUGGUUGGGGAUGAGGCGAGCGGAGUGGUGUGGAGUGGGCACCGGGAUGGGAGGAUCAGGGGCUGGAAGAUGACGAUGCUGGACCAGAACGGUGACCGGAGGAGGCGUUUUAAGGAGGGCCUGUCUUGGCAGGCUCAUCGGGGGCCGGUCCUUUCGUUGGCCAUCACGUCUUGUGGUGACAUGUGGUCGGGUUUAGAAGGCGGUAUUAUUAAAAUAUGGCCAUGGGAAGCAAUUGAAAAAGCUCUUUCUCUAACAAAUGAAGAAAGGCACAUGGCCUCUCUGAUGGUGGAGAGGUCAUACAUUGACCUGCGGAGCCAACUCAAUGUAAACGGUUUCAGUAACAUAUUCACAUCAGAUGUUAAGUACUUGUUAUCUGAUAAUUCUAGAGCAAAAGUGUGGAGUGCUGGUUAUCAGUCGUUUGCCCUGUGGAAUGCUCGCACAAGGGAGUUGUUAAAAGUGUUCAAUACAGACGGUCAGAUUGAGAACCGAGUAGAAUUUUCAUCAGCACAAGAUUUUUCAGUUGAAUAUAUCUCUAGUUCUAAAAAAGAAAAGAUGCAGAGUUCCUUUGGUUUCUUUCAGCGCUCACGCAAUGCUAUAAUGGGAGCAGCAGAUGCUGUACGCCGAGUUGCAGCAAAGGGGGCCUUUGGAGAUGACAAUCGGAGAACUGAUGCACUGGUGUUGGCUAUAGAUGGAAUCAUUUGGACUGGGUGUACAAGUGGUUUACUUGUGCAGUGGGAUGGCAAUGGCAAUCGUAUACAAGAGUUUCAGUACCAUUCUUUUGCUGUUCAAUGUUUUUGUACAUAUGGGCCGCGAAUAUGGGUUGGUUAUGCAAGUGGAACCGUCCAAGUACUGGACCUCAGUGGUACUCUGCUUGGAGGCUGGGUAGCUCACAGCAGUCCGGUGAUAGAAAUGACUAUUGGAGCUGGUUAUAUUUUCACCUUGGCUAAUCAUGGUGGUAUACGUGGAUGGAACAUCACAUCUCCGGGACCUCUUGACAGCCCAUUGUGUUCAGAAUUGGCUGGCAAAGAAUUUUUAUACACAAGGAUAGAAAAUGUAAAGAUAUUGACUGGUACUUGGAAUGUUGGACAGGGAAGAGCAUCUCAUGACUCCCUUAUGUCCUGGCUAAGUUUUGUGGGCUCAGAUGUUGGGAUUGUUGUUGUUGGGUUGCAAGAAGUUGAAAUGGGUGCUGGUGUUCUUGCAAUGUCUGCAGCUAAAGAGACUGUUGGACUUGAAGGGAGUUCUGUCGGGCUGUGGUGGUUGGAUAUGAUAGGCAAAACCCUGGAUGAAGGAUCAACAUUUGAACGCGUUGGUUCUAGGCAGCUGGCAGGCUUGCUCAUCGCUGUCUGGGUUAGAAACAAUCUUAAAGCUCAUGUCGGUGAUGUAGAUGCUGCAGCAGUUCCAUGUGGCUUUGGGCGUGCAAUUGGUAAUAAGGGAGCUGUUGGUUUGAGGCUACGAGUGUAUGACCGGAUAAUGUGCUUUGUUAACUGUCACUUCGCAGCACAUUUAGAAGCAGUUAAUCGGCGCAAUGCAGAUUUUGGUCAUGUAUAUCAGACUAUGACAUUCAGCCGACCAACUCAUCUUUUCAAUGCUGCGGCUGGUACGGUGCUGUACCUGUUCUUGUUUUGCUCAGUUGCCUUCUCAAUGUAUUUAGUUUGGCUUGUUUAUAGAUCUGGCUUGCCAUUGGUCCUUUCUGUUGCAGUUGGUUCUUCUUCUGCUGUUCAAAUGCUUCGUGGCACAAAUGCUAUUGGUGCGCAAACUGCUGAAGGGAUGCCUGAGUUAUCUGAGGCUGACUUGGUCAUAUUUCUUGGUGAUUUCAAUUAUCGGCUUGAUGGUGUCUCUUAUGACGAAGCAAGGGACUUUAUUUCUCAGAGAUGCUUUGAUUGGCUUAGAGAAAGGGAUCAGCUCCGGGCGGAAAUGAAAUCUGGUAAUGUCUUCCAAGGGAUGAGUGAAGCAGUUAUUACAUUUCCACCCACAUACAAGUUUGAAAGGCACCAAGCCGGUUUAGCAGGGUAUGAUUCUGGUGAAAAGAAGCGCAUUCCUGCCUGGUGUGACAGAAUUUUAUACCGUGAUAGCCGCUCAGCUUUGGUAUCUGAGUGCAGCUUAGAGUGUCCUGUAGUCUCUUCAAUAUUAAGGUAUGAGGCUUGCAUGGAUGUGACGGACAGUGAUCAUAAGCCUGUCCGCUGCAUAUUUAAUGUUGAUAUUGCUCGAGUUGAUGAGUCAAUAAGGAGGCAAGAGCUUGGCGAGAUUCUUGGAUCAAAUGAGAAAAUUAAAUAUAUGCUUGAAGAACUAUGCAAAAUCCCAGAAACUAUUGUCAGUACAAACAACAUAAUCCUUCAAAACCAGGACAUGUCUAUUUUGCGUAUUGCAAAUAGGUGUGGGAAAAAUGAGGCUUUAUUUGAAAUAAUUUGUGAAGGUCAGUCUUCUAUUAAGGAGGGUGGAGAAGCAGCAGAUCAUUGUCCAAGAGGUUCUUUUGGCUUUCCACGAUGGCUCGAGGUAACUCCACUAGCUGGCAUAAUCAGACCCAAUAAUAUUGCAGAGGUAUCAGUCCAUCACGAUGAAUUCCAAACUCUGGAAGAGUUUGUUGAUGGUGUUCCACAAAACUUUUGGUGUGAAGACAACAGAGACAAGGAAGUUAUAUUGGUGGUUAAGGUGCGGGGCUGCAAAACGACUGAGACGAGAAAUCACCGUGUUCGUGUGCGACAUUGCUUUACAGCCAAGACAAAAGGGAUUGAGCCUGCACCCAACAGCUCGCAGCAAAUCCAAGGAACCGUUCUUCAGCGGUCUGAUAAUCAACGCUUCAGCAGUUCUUAUGAUGUGGUUGAUCACUUACGCAAUUUGCAUAGUCCUUAAAGUAGAAGAUAAAUAACAUGCAUUGGUCAAUGGAAAAGACACAGACAUUGGGUGAUCCAUCCAAUUGGCUUAAGGGAUCCUCCUGUGUCAAAAUCGUCUAGUCAUACAAAUAUACAAUCAUCUUGAUGUAAAUACUUGAGGUGCCUGGUUGCCUUUUCAAUCUUUCAUUCUUUUUUCCAGUUUAUUUGUGUCCAUAGCAUUUUUAUUCAGUUCACCUGGUGCCAAUUUUUUUUCAACUGUCAUCAGUUUGAUAUGUAAGGUCUCGGUGCAAGUUGUAAUCUCUUGGACUGAUUUUCUGGUUUAAAGUGCACAGAAAAAGCAAAUA